GUGUGCGCGUGCGCGGCUCCGCCAUGCGGGUGGUGGUGGGUGGUGGGACGGGCUUCGUGGGCAGAGCCUUGACCCAGCUGCUGCGGAGCCGAGGGCACCAAGUCACCCAUGUGUCGCGACGAGGGGGCAAGGACCGGAUCAGCUGGGAAGAGCUGUCCCGCUCCGGGCUGCCCCUGUGUGAGGCUGUGGUCAACUUGGCUGGGGAAAAUGUCCUCAACCCUUUCCGCAGAUGGGGUGAUGCCUUCUGCAGGGAGGUCAUCAGCAGCCGGGUGGAGACCACGAAGACCUUGGCCAAAGCCAUUGCUGCUGCUGAGCAGCCACCCCGGGCCUGGGUCCUCGUCACUGGCGUAGGUUAUUACCGCCCCAGCCCCACAGCUGAGUACACCGAAGACAGUCCAGGAGGGGAUUUUGACUUCUUCUCACGCCUGGUGAGCUCGUGGGAGGCUGCAGCUCUCAUUCCUGGGAGCCCAACUCGUGGCGUUGUGGUGAGAUCAGGUGUAGUGCUGGGUCGAGACGGUGGUGCAAUCUCUCAGAUGCUCUUGCCUUUCCGUCUGGGACUUGGAGGCCCCAUGGGCUCCGGACUCCAGCCCUUCCCAUGGAUCCACAUUCAGGACCUGUCUGGGAUUUUGUGCCACGCCCUGGAGAAGGAGUCUGUGCGAGGCAUCCUCAACGGCGUUGCCCCCUCCUCGCCUGGCACCUCCAAUGGCCGCUUUGCUCAGGAGCUGGCGGCGGCGCUGGGGCGCCCGGCGCUGGUGCCGGUGCCCGCCUGGGCUGUGCGCGCCGUCUUCGGGGCAGAGCGGGCGGUCAUGCUGCUGGAGGGACAGAGGGUGCUGCCAAAGCGCACCCUGGAGAGCGGGUACCGCUUCGUCUUCCCUGAGCUGCCCGCAGCUCUGAAGGACAUUGUGGCUUAAGGCCUCGGUGGCUGGGCUGUUUGUGUGAGCUCACAUGCUUUGCCAUGAAAGAGGGGAGCCCUGCCCUUUGACACUCCCUUAUCCUCGUCCAGAAAGGGUGAGCGAUGCUUUCCCCCUGUAUCUCCCUGUGUGCAUCCCCAGUUUAGGAGUUAGCCCUCUUACUGCCAUCUGAAUCUUAGCAUUACCUGGGCAUUGAAGGGGCUGUGUGUGCCAGCAGUGGCUGCAGUCACUGGUCCCCCAUCAGAGGCAAUGGGCAGGAACACACUGAGGCACUUUGGAUCAGUAGCAACUCCAACAGUUCGUACAGGCAAGUCCAGUGUCUGGCUGUGAUAGCCACACCUCUCCAGGCACCAGGGCAUGUGAUGUCUCUGGCCAGGCUGAUCCUGGAGUUUUGGUCUCAUUCUGGCAGAACUGAGUGAUCUGCACUCGUGCCUUGCUUUGGGGUCAGCUCUGGGCUGACUGCUAAAUUGCAACACAGUAUUAAGACAGCAAGGCUUAAUUCUGUACCAGUUGUAGUUCUGCACCAUUUGUAUUGUUAGUCUGCUUUGCACAUUCUCUCACAAAUUGUAAGACACUGAUUUCCUAAUUAAAUUAAAUUAAUUCCUUCCUUGUACCCCUUCAUUUCCACAUAGUUCAGACUUGACUGGGACCAUUUUCCAAGAUUUUGGGGCAUGUUGUGACUACCCUGUCCUCUCUCACAGCUUAAAAAUUUGUAAAUCUGAAGCUGAAAUCCUAGACAA